CAAUUCCAGAACAGCAUUUCUAGACAUUAUUUGCCCUGUUGGUGUGGACGCAGAUGCCAGAUCACACCUCUGCUUUUAGCUGCUGAUCUAGAGGGUGAAGAAGACAUGCCUUUCCAGUUUUUUCAACGGCAUGGCGCUCACAAACCCAGAUUCUCCGGUUCCUUGAACGGUCAAUGCUGGCGGUUUCUGAGGAGCAAUUCGGAUUAUUCCAGAGAGGCCUUUCCUCCUUUAGGUGAGAGUAUUCUUACCCAACCGGCAAAAGGACCUAGCCGUCGUCUUCUCGCCGAGAAACCGAAGAAUCUUCUCCGAGCAUCCCAGAGAUCCAGAAAGAGGCUCUUGGAGCCACAGAGCUAUACUUCGAAGCUCAGCCUGACGAGCCAAACCCAAAAGGACUACGUUGCGCAAGUUGAAUACUGCCUGAGCCAACACCCUUUAGCACUCUACCCAAAUUUUGAAGAAAGCAUUCCUGCAGAGCUUUUCAAGGAAGUCAUGAGCAUCCUGGAUCCAGAGGUCCUUCCUACUGACCAAGAACCUGAUGCCAACCUUGGAAGAGAUCCCGGCCCUCCUCCCACGAUCCCACCCCUCCUGGAAGACAAAAGAAACAGACAAGCAAGGGCCAAACAGGUCAGCUGCAAGGAUCCAGAAAACGAGGCUCUGUACACCUGGUUCUCCCCCACAAAAGUGGCAGCAAGAGAACUGAAAGCCAGGUUGAAUUACGUCCCUCCCCUCGAUGAGAACAUCAAGCGAGCCACCAAAGAACUUUGUGACGGAUUCAGUUCUCUCGGAGGGGAGAAGUACAACGUGGAUGAAGACACCAUUCUAAGUAUGUUUGAUGCGGGUUACGAGACCACCCUCCCGAUGUUUCACCCGCUGCGUGUUGAGGAACUCCGUGAUCUACCAAUGGACCUGAAGAAGCAUUUCGGGAUACUACCUUUUCGAGCUGUUCGAAAGAAACCCGAUCAGGAUAUUAGGCCUUCUAAGGAUGCUUGCCGAUCCAGAUGGGAGAGAAAGAUCAGAUAUGGAGCUUGGUAUCUGGACCCAAAGACGUGGAAAAAACAGAAUUUGAGUGAGCCUUUAGAAAACCCGAAAGAGAGCAACCUCAGGAAUUCCAGAAGGAUCUUAAGUGAAGAGGAUGCCCAGCUCAUACAGCUUCAUGGAACUCACUCUUUCCAGGAAUUUCUUGUAAAAAAAGGUUAUCGGAUCCCAGAGUUUUUGCAGCAGAUGCUGGAGGAACAGAAUGACGUUGAGCCAAAAGUGGGGGGUUUGAAGAGCACCAAGAUUGAACCCCAGAAAUGCAAAGAGCUCAGAGAAGAUUAUUCAUCAGUGGUGGGAAACAAAUACCAAGACCAAAGAAUCCAAUGAUCAAGAGAAUGGAAGCCGACUACAGCUCUAUCUAUGAUGUUAUUUGAAUAGGAAUCCUUUCUAAGGACAUGUACCUGGAUAAAAUUUUCUGAGCAAUACCUUACAAAAUCUUAGUUCUGCCUUUUUUUUGCAACUGGUUGGAACAAAAGCUGCCUUCGGAAGUUGUGGGAGCUUCAUCAUUGGAAGCUUUCAAGAAGAGACUGGACUGCCAUCUGUCAGAAAUGGUGUAGGGUCUCCUGCUUGGGCGGGGGUUGGAUUAGAUGACCUGUCAGGUCCCUUCCAACUCUGUUAAUCUGUAUUAAUCAGAAUAAAUGAUGUAGUUGCAAUCCACAGACCUGCUUGGUACACCUAGAAAAACUCAAGAGUCAUCCAAUGACAAAUAUUUUCUUCCACCAGUUUGCUAAACAACUAAUUCCCUCAACACUGUCAAACUAUUACUAAAUCUGCACUAUUAUUAAUCUUCUCAGCGUUCCCAUCACCCAUCUCCUCCCACUUAUGACUUUAUGACUGUAACUUUGUUGCUUGUAUUGUUCUGAUUUAUAUUGAUAUUGUUUCCUGAUUGCUUAU